AUGGAUGCUGGAUAUGUUGGUAACAAGUUUACUUGGACUAGACACCUCCAUGGAAGAGUCACUCUUCAGGAAAGACUCAAUAGGUUACUUCAUAAUAUGGAGAUGGUCGAGUACUUUCCGAACCUUCGAGUGGCUACAUUAACAAUAGUGUACUCUGACCAUAAUUCAAUUCUGAUUAACACGAAUUGGGAUAUUCCUGGAGAAAAAGAGAAACGACCUUUUAGAUUUGAAGCAUCUUGGCUUACACACGAGGAUUUCAACAAAAUAUUCAGUACAACAUGGGACAAAAAGAAAUACUCUCUUGUGGAGGCAGUGGAAGAGACCAAACAAGCGAUCAUAGAUUGA